UGUUUGUUGUUACCAGAACUGAAGGCAUAGUAAAAAAAAAAAAAAAAAAAAUCCUCCACGAGGCUUUGGAAAAUUGGAAUCGGAAGCCCAGCGUUAUCAAUUCCGAGCAUAUUAAUCAGGCGUAUCCCACGGUUUGGUUCUCUCCAGCUGUUGCAGUGACCAACUUUAUGAGAGCGCUGGAGACCGCAGACUAUUUCUCACAGGCCCACUAUGUUUGGUAUUUCCUACGGAGAGCUCUUCCUCUUGGUCGGUGCCACCGCUGCUCUCGUCGGCCCAAAGGAUCUUCCACUUAUUGCUAGAACCGCGGGAAGGUUAGCGGGUCGAGCAAUCGGGUACGUUCAAUUAGCUCGUGGGCAAUUCGAGAAUGUUAUGGAGCAGUCUCAAGCUCGCUAGGUUCACAAAGAACUUCAAGAUACAAUGGCACAACUAGAGGCUAUUCGUUAUGAAAUUCGAAGUAUCUCUCUCAUUAAUCCCGGUCCUUUGACCCGAAGGCUGAUGGACAAUCCUGAAGAUCCUGCUCCUAACAGAAAUUUUGGCGACAGUUUGUCUGAGAAGUGUGAAGAAGAGCAGAAGCCAACAAAUGCUGCGAUGAAGGAUUUUAGUUUGAAAGCCUUAGGUCCAGUUGAUUUGCAUAGCCAAGCAACUGCAUAUGCCAGAUUGGCUGAAGCCAUAAAGACUGGUUCAUUGGAGAGCAGUACAGAAAAAGAGAACCUUAAUGAUGAAGCUAGUCUCUUCACCAUCCUUCCAGUUUCAGCUGAAAGCACUGGGAUGCUACCAGAAAGAAAGGCAAGGUAUGGGCAUGAUGACAUUGUGGAUGUUUUAAUCAAAUAUUGUGCUAGAACUCUCGAUCAAGACCCUGAAGGUGGAAUUGGACCAGUAGUUGAGGAAAUGCUCAGGAAGGUGAAUAAGAAGAAUGAUACGGCUUUGCAUGAGGCUGUACGUUAUAAUCACCUUAAGGUUGUACAAUUGUUAAUCGAAUCAAACCCAAAUUUUUUAUAUUCUGCUAAUGAUGCUGGUGAGACUCCCCUUUACAUAGCUGUUGAGAGAGGGUUUGAAGAUGUGGUGAUCGAAAUUUUAGACAAUUGCAAAUCACCAGCGCAUAGGGGGCCCCUUGGUAGGACGGCUUUGCAUGCUGCUGUAAUAACGGACAAUACAGGUAUAACCAGAAGAAUUCUAGAUAAAAUUGAAGGUAUAAGUAGAAUAGUUGACAAUGACGGUUGGACUCCGCUUCACUUCGCUGCAUACGACUAUUCUUCAAGCUUAGCAGAGAAGUUGUUGGAUAAAGAUAGAGAUGUAGCAUACAUGAAAGACAAAGAGGGAAGGACAGCUGUUCAUAUUGCAGCUCAUGAGGGUAAUAGUGGUGUAGUGUCUCUCAUUGUAUCAAGGUGUCCAGAUUGUUGCGAACUUGUUGAUAGCAGAGGUUGGAAUCUACUCCAUUUUGCUUUCAAAAGUUCCUGGGUAUCCAGGUUGCUCAUCCAAGCUAUCUUAGAAAAUUCGUCACUCAAAUAUCUUUUGAAUAAGGAGAAUGCCGAUGGGGAUACUCCUCUUCAUUACUCUUUCAGUACUGCGCGAUUAGCAUGGAAUUUCUUUGUUGACCCUCGAGUCGACAAGAUGGCUUUCAACAAAAAAAACCUCUGCCCGUGGGACAUAUUCCGAGCUAAUAUUGAAAUGUUCCUAGAAAAAAAGAUUGAUGUGAUUGAGAAGAACUGUCCAUUUCUACGACCUCGACGAGUAAUAGCUGGCAAAUAUGUUAACACAAAACAAGAUUGGAAAAAGGAAAAAGAAAAGAGGGACAGAGAGAGGAUAUCAAUGUUGCAGAAAGCAUCUGAAGCCCAUUUGGUAGUGGGUGCACUCAUUACAACGGUGACGUUUGCGGCAUGUAUUACCAUGCCUGGAGGAUUCGUGGGUAGUGAAGAAGGCUCAUCGCACCCAGGCUCUGCACUUCUUAGAAAAAAUAUUGCUUUCAGCGCAUUCAUUUUUACAGAUAUCAUAUCCAUGGUGUUGUCAAGUUCUGCUGUCUUUAUCCACUUAUUGAUGCCAUUUCUUUUCAAUGAGAGAUAUUACGAUAAAGAGUUACAAACAUAUUCGGAUGAAGAGCUUCGUGAUAAACUUCUCUAUAUGGCCUUUAGGUUGAUUUUGUGGGCCAUGAUAGCAAUGGUGCUGGCAUUUGUGACGGGCACAUAUGUUGUGUUAGUGCCUUCCUUAGGUCUUGCCAUUCCCAAUUGUAUCAUUGGCUUAAGCUUCCUUGCUAUCCUCCUUUUUGUGUUUGGAAAAGGUAUUGACUUAUCCUUCUUUGAAAUCUUCCAUUUAUUAACCGGAAAAUUUAAAGGUAUGGUUACCGUAGAUUUCAGGGACCAAUCAGUGGAUCUAUCCAGCUUGGCUCACAAUCUGGACCGCAUCCUCAACAAUCUUAAGAAGCAACUAAAUAGAGGAGACUGA